GCAGAAUGAUUGCAUAACGCGAGAUGCAUGAGAUCGUGACUCUCCAGUUUGGCCAGCAGGCCAACUACAUUGGCACUCACUACUGGAACACUCAGGAAUCCUACUUCACAUACGGCGCGGAAGAAGAAUCGCCCGUCGAUCAUGACAUCUCCUUUCGUCCUGGCAUUGGCGCUGAUGGUGCCGAAACUUUCACACCCCGGACUCUGAUCUACGACCUCAAAGGCGCAUUCGGCACACUCCGGCGCGAGAAUGCCUUGUACGAGCUUCAACAUCAAGAGAAUCCGGCCCAGCAGAGUCAAUGGGGUGGCAACACGAUUCCGCUGAAUCUACCUCCAAUCGCUCCGAGCUCGUAUCAGCAGGCUCUGGAUCAAGGGCUUACACCUCCUACCUUAUCGACGGAGACUGUGCGCUUCUGGUCUGACUAUAAUCAUCUGUUCUACCAUCCGAAAAGCAUUGUCCAAUUGAACGAAUACGAGCUCAACAGCGAUCUCAUGCCAUUCGAGCAGUGGUCCAAAGGUGAAGAGCUAUUCGCCAACCUCGACCGAGAGCACGAUCUGCUAGAUCGAGAUCUAAGACCUUUUCUUGAAGAAUGCGACCAGCUCCAAGGCAUCCAAGUCCUCUCCGGCAUCGAUGACGCUUGGGGAGGUUUCGCAUCCAAAUACCUGGAACGCGUGGCGGAUGAGCUAGGCAAAGGCAGCAGAUGGGUCUUCGGCCUUCAAGACACGCAGCGCACGACUCGUGAUCGAUACGCCCUCCAGCUCGCCAAUGUCGCACAGUCUCUGCACAGCAUCGACACAUCAGCGAGCAUGCACAUUCCUCUCGGCAGCGUCCCGACUACACUACCUGGCUACGUUAUCCUCGAUAACGCCAGUCGCUGGUCCACGUCCGCCCUUCAGGCUGCCGGAAUCGAGUCCCUCACCCUCCCCACCCGCCUUCGCCGCAAUCAAUCCGCCUACGCCUCCUUCGACAGCUUAGAGGCAACUCUCAACGGCGACGGUAAACGCCGCAUAGCAGGUUGUUCUCUGUCGAUCACCGACGCAGCCGAGAAAGGUCUCGACGUUGACCUAUUCCCAACUCUACCACAUACCCUCACCUCCACCCGCGGUCAGCGAUCUCAGCGACCUCAUACAUUCAGCAAAAUCACCACCCUCCGCGGCGCCUGGAAGUCCCCAUCCUCCAUCCACCAAUCAAAUGAAAUUGCUCGAGACCGCUUCGCCUCCUCAAGCGACGUGAGGACCAGUAUCCACCAGUCUCAUCUACUCUUUCCCAUCCUCUCGUCCUCCCCGCAGAUCUUCCACUUCGCGGCAAGACCGUCAAAAGUGGCGAUCCAAGCCUCGAUGGCCACGUCGACGGCGAUUGGAGGGCAUAUUCGAGGCGUGGAAGGCGUGGCGAGACGAAUGGUCGGGCUGGAGGAGAGGGAGGCGUUGUGUGAUGGAUUGGCGGCACUGGCGGAUGAGUAUGAGGACGGAUGGCUGAGUGAGAAUGAUAGCGAGGAUGAGUGA